AUUUGCUUGUACCGUGUGUAUUUGUGCACAUACUUCAUAUUUGUAGAUUAGGGUCUGUACAUAAUGACUGCUGUUGCCAUGGCAUCGGAUGGAGGCUAUGAUCCCGUGAUUUCUAAGCUGAUUACGUCGCUUAAAGAAGCUGAAAGCUUGACCGACGAAAAAGAUCUAGGAUUUUUGCAAAAUUUGCUGCAGUCGAAGGAACUGAACGCGUUAGUGAAUGUACAUAGCAAGGUGGCCAAAAUUAAUAAGGACGACAGGAUAGCACCGUUGCUGUCCGCGUCAGUUCAGAUCCUGAUGGAAGUGUUAGAACUGCUCGCACCAAGAUGUCACAUUUCUCCACUCUGCAAGGAAGUUUUCCACCUACUUCAAACUCCGCAUUUGCAGAGUAUUCUUUUUGCACACGACGCAAUCGCGCAAAAAGAUUUUUAUCCACAUCUUCCGGACAUCCCCGUAGAGGUUGACGAAGACGAAGAAACUAUCAAAAUCGUGCAACUUGUAAAAAGUAACGAGCCCCUGUGUGCUGGAGCACAAAGUGCGGAACCGAUUGUUGGUGCUACUAUUAAAACAGAUGAAGAAACGGGCAAAAUUAUUAUCGCACGGAUCAUGCACGGCGGGGCGGCUGAUCGUUCGGGCCUUAUUCAUGUCGGCGACGAGGUAAUUGAAGUAAAUAAUAUUAACGUCGAGGGCAAAACACCAAGCGAUGUUCUCUCUAUUCUGCAAAAUUCGGAAGGCACAAUAACGUUCAAGCUCGUCCCGUCCGAUGGGAAGCUGGAUCAGCGCGAAAGCAAGGUACGGGUAAGAGCUUACUUCGACUAUGAACCAGAAAACGAUCCCUACAUCCCUUGCAAAGAGGCUGGCCUAGGGUUCCAGCGGGGCGACAUUCUUCACAUUGUAUCGCAGGAUGAUUCCUACUGGUGGCAGGCUCGCAAAGAGGGUGAAAAAACAACCCGUGCCGGGUUGAUACCAAGCCGAGCGCUCCAGGAGCGUCGCAUACUGCACGAAAGAACUCAAAAGGAAACAAAUGGUGAUGCCAAAAAAGGUUCAUGUGCCUCCAUCUGCUCUACACCACCCGGUUCACCAAAUCCAAACCAUCCCUGUGGUGGUCCAAAGACUAAAAAGAUUAUGUACGAUACAGCUGAGAAUGAUGACUUUGAUCGGGAAAUGAUCGCCACCUACGAGGAGGUUGCAAAGCUGUAUCCACGUCCCGGUGUCUUUCGGCCGAUCAUCCUGAUCGGUGCACCCGGAGUAGGACGAAACGAGCUGAAGCGUCGACUCGUUGCAAGAGAUCCGGAAAAAUAUAAAAGCCCAGUUCCAUACACUACGCGCCCGAUGCGCCCGGGCGAAGUCGCCGGCCGGGAAUAUCUUUUUGUAACCCGCGAAAAGAUGGAAGCGGACAUUGCGGCGUGCAAGUUCAUCGAACACGGCGAGUACAAAGGCCAUCUCUAUGGGACGGCGGCUGAAAGUGUGAAAAGCAUCGUGAAUGCUGGAUGCGUGUGUGUGCUGGGACCACACUAUCAAGCACUGAAGUCAUUAAGGACGGCUCAACUAAAGCCUUACAUUGUACACAUUAGGCCACCGACAUACGAGGAGUUGAAAAAAUCUCGCACGAAAGCUCGCGCACGCUCAACGUUUGAUGAAAAUAAUUCAAGAGGAUUUACGGAUGAAGAGUUCAUGGAAAUGAUUAAAUCCGACGAACGCAUUAACUUUCUUUACGGACACUUUUGCGACGAUGAGAUAGUAAAUGAUGAUCUUACGGAAGCGUUCGAGAAGUUGGUCAAUUUGGCCAACAAAUGUGAAUCCGAGCCGCUCUGGGCACCCGCCAGCUGGGUACAGUAGAGAAUGUUGAGUUUGAGC